AUGCAGCUCUUUGUCCAUGCCCAGGAACUACACACCCUCGAGGUGACUGUCCAGAAGAUAGUCGCCCAGAUCAAAGCUCAUGUGGUCUCACUGGAAGGCAUUGCUCUUGAAGAUCAAGUUGUGCUUCUGGUAGACUUGUUGAAGGAUGAAGCCACCCUAGACCAGUGUGGUAUAGAGGCCCUGACCACUCUGGAGGUAGCUGGCUGCAUGUUAGGAGGUAAAUUUCAUGGUUCCCUGGCUCGUGCUGGAAAAGUGAGAAGUCAGGCUGCCAAGGUGACCAAACAUGAAAAGAAGAAGACAGGCCAGGCCAAGAGACAAAUGCAGUGCAACUGA